GCUGAAUCGCCCACAACCACUGAAUCUCCCACAACCACUCAAUCAACUUCGACAACCACCCAAUCCACUUCAGCAACCUCAACCCAAUCCACUUCCUCCACCACGAUAUCAAUCACUCCUUCAUCCACACCUCAGAACUGCACAUGCCCAGAAGGAUGUGUUGUGAGAUACUCUUCAACCAUCAAUUCAACAGAGGAACUAAAUGCCAAAAUUGCAGAAAUCAAGAAAGAAAUAGAGGUUGAGAAAUCUACCUUAUCUUCUUCCGUCCGCAAGAAAACAUCAGCAGACGACCCCAGACCCUCCGCGAAAACUUUUGGUUUUGUGGGAGUAAUUAUCAUAACCGUUGUUAUUGGAGGGAUUGUUGCUUUGGAUUUUCCAAUUCUUGUACUUGAAGUGAAGAACUUUGGUGCAAAUUUACUAAAACUUUUUAGGAAAUGAAUUUUCCUUUUUCUCUUCACUUGUAUAUAUCUAUCAUUGAUGUAUUUGGCAUCAGCAGAGGUUAUCCCCACCAACACAGAACAGUUUUCAAAUUGUUAUCAUACACUUCUGGGGAGAUUCCACGGGGAUUUGAAAUGUGAGAGGAAAUGUUAUUUGAGUGUGUAUUGCUUCUUUGUAAAUCCACCAUUGGUAUAUUUACAAGUCAUAUAGAUCUGAAA